GAGUCAAGGAGAGAAAUGCAAGAGGAAAAAGAAGGCGGGGAUAUUGGGUUGAGGGACGUUUCAGAGGAACCAAUCACGGCGGCGCUGUGCACACCGCGGCCCAAUCAGGAGAGGAGAGUGAGCCUCAAAACUCCCUUGUUGUUGCUGAGUUUGCGGAGAGCUCAGCCGGCGGUGGUGCGACUCGGUCGGGUGCAAUUUCACCCCGAACCGGGUCCGGGCUGCGAAUGGGGCGCGCUUUGGGCGCGGGUCCGGCUCCGUUCAAAGCCAUGCAAGGCGGGGAGAGGCGGUAGCGCGGGGAAGUUUGCAAAGAAGCCGGUUCUGCCAUUGCCCCGUCCCGGGGCGCCGAGGAGGAUGGUGGCCGGCGGUUCCGGGCUGGAGCUGGGCGCGCGGGUGGCGCAGGGCGUGCUGUGCGCGGGGCUCUUCCUCUUCGCCUACCUGCAGCUCUGGCUGCUCCUCUGCGGGAGGGAGAAGCGGCUCAGCUUCCGCGCGGCGGGGCUCUUCCUCGGCCUGCUCUGGGCCGCGCUCCGCCUCGUCCUCUGCGCCGCCCUCCUCCCGCCGCGCCCCGCGCCCCUCCGCCGCCUCCCCGCCGCCCCCCGAUGGCUCCUCGGGGGCGCCCCCGCCGCCCUCCGCUUCGCCGCCCUCGCCCUCCUCGCCCUCUUCCUCGCCCAGGUCAUCUUCAAAGUCAAGUGUGCUGCCGAAUUCAACAGAUACAAGGUGGUUUUGUACCUGGGCACCAUCUUCACCAGCCUUCUCUUCCUCUUUGUGAACUUGACCUGCGCAUUACUGGCACACGACGAUGCGCCGGAAGAGCAGCGGCGCUGGGCCCUCUUCACGCGGGCCGUGAUCAACGACGGCCUCUUCAUCCUCUUCUGCGCCUUGUUGGCCUGCACCAUGUGCCGGCUCUCCAAAAUGGCCUCGGCCAACGUUUACCUCGAGUCCAAGGGCACAUCUGUCUGCCAAGCGCUGCUCGUGGGUUCGGUCGUCAUCCUGCUCGACUCUUCGAGGGCGUUCUAUAACUUGGUGGCUGUUGCCGUCUCUCCGGACCACAUGCCCAGUCCCUUCAACUAUGGCUGGGACAACCUGAAGGCCUUGAAUGCUUCCUUCCUUCCUGUUCCUACUCAGGUUCGAGAGGAAGAUGUCAGCAGUGAAGAAUAUGUCGUCUUUGGGAUGGUGCUUUUCCUCUGGGAGUUUAUCCCGACUGUAUCUAUAGUGCUAUUCUUCAGAGCCCAGCGUCUGUCGCAGAAUUUGGCUCCUGCGGGGAUGAUCAACAGCCACAGCUACAGCUCCAGGGCUUACUUCUUCGACAACCCAAGGCGGUACGACAGCGAUGAUGACCUUCCCAGGCUUGGCGGAGGAAGCAUAUCAACCCCCCAGAGCUCUGGAUGGUACGGAUCGUUGACGGGAAGCGACAUCUGUGCCACGAUCCCUUCCUCGGCGGCUCCUUCCACGGACGUUGCUCCUCUGCUCUUCACUCACGGCAGCUUGGAUUCGAGGCAUCACCACAACGGACACGUGGCGCUGCAGAACUGACCUGGGAAGGGAGAAAGGACCACCACCACCCACCCACCCCAGCGUCUUUGGGGAUUCCCAUUCAUUCCGUAAUAUGGGGAAGGAACAGUACGGUGCGGUGCGCUUUGGACCAAAAGACCUACUCCUUGUUACGUUGUUUCCUGCCAUGACGGAAGCAUUGACGUUGCGGCGGCGGCGGCUUCCGGGAGCAUUUCGUGGUCAUGCCUUCCAAAAACGAAGAAAAAGUCCCCUGACUGUUGGAGAGAUCGGUGUUUGCACUUUUAAACAAAAUAUUUCCAAAGGAACGGUUUUCUUCCUUUUCCCUCCUCACCGCAUCUUGUGUUACUACUACUACUUCGUCUCCGACAGCAUGAGAUAAUAAUAUCUGUUCUGGGCAACCAACUAAUUGCACAUAUAGAACUUGGAAAAGUUCAUUUAGUCUUCUGGAGAUGACUGGAACCGCUCUACAUAGUCUGGAAGGGAGUCUUGUUUGCAUCCAAGCUGUACAAGAAAUACAGAAAAGCAGGGAGAGCAGAACAAGAUGCAUUUCCAAGGACACCACAACUUGCAGUUGUGUUUUUUUGCCAUUUGUUCCUUUCCUCUGGGACUGUCCCUUUUGUAUAGCCACAAAUUCCCCUUGUGACCAACUUCUUGGGUUCAUCCAGCCCUUUGUGGCUUCAUAGUCUCAUGUUUCAAAGCAGAAAUCACCACGGUUUUGGAUAUUUGGAUACUCGGCAUGACAGAAAGCAGAGCUUGCAACCAGUUGUGUUGUUUUGCCACCACAAGGAACCAGUUGCAAGCUUGCCUUGGCUGCAGGAUAGCCAGCUGGCAUGGACAUCUGGGUAAUGGGUGUCUCUUAUCAGGAGAAACUUUGCACUGAUUUAGGAACCAAGGAAAGGAAAGCCACGCUUGGGGUUGGUUGAGGGACCUCCAAAGGGUGCCGUUGUCGUCAACGGAAAGAGACCAAAAUGUGUGAAAUGUGAAGGAGAUUUAAGUAAAAGUUGCCUAUUGAGAAGGCACAGCCAUGCUAUGCUCCCUUUCUCUUUGCACAAGUGCGAUCUGGCUCUUGAAAUUCUGGGAUUUGUAGUUUCCUAGGGGAGAGUUGCCAUUGGAACUCAGUAACAGAGAAGUGUAAAUACUCCAUGAAACUCCAAAUCCAAGCUUUCCAUUGGACACAGAGCAUUGAAAGAGUUUUUACUCUUGAAAUUCUAGGAUUUAACUACAGUAGAGUCUCACUUAAUCCAACAUAAGCAGGCCGGCAGAAUUUUGGAUAAGCGAAUAUGUUGGAUAAUAAGGAGGGAUUAAGGAAAAGCCUAUUAAACAUCAAAUUAGGUUGAUUUUACUUAUUAAGCACCAAAACAUCAUGUUGUACAACAAAUUUGACAAAAAAGUAGUUCAAUACACAGUAAUGCUAUGUAGUAAUUACUGUAUUUACGAAUUUAGCACCAAAAUAUCACAAUGUAUUGAAAACAUGGACUACAAAAAUGGCUUGGAUUAUCCAGAACGUUGGAUAAGCAAGUGUUGGAUGAGACUCUACUGUAUUGAAAUUCUGGGAUUUGUAGUUUCCUAGGGGAGAUUUGCCAUUGGAACUCAUUAGCAGAGAAGUGUAAAUACUCCAUGAAACUCCAAAUCCAAGCUUCCCAUGGGACUCAGAGCAUUGGAACAGGUUUUAACUCUUGAAAUUCUGGGAUUUGUAGUUUCCUAGGGGAGAUUUGCCAUUGGAACUCAUUAGCAGAGAAGUGUAAAUACUCCAUGAAACUCCAAAUCCAAGCUUUCCAUGGGACACAGAGCAUUGAAAGAGUUUUUACUCUUGAAAUUCUAGGAUUUAACUACAGUAGAGUCUCACUUAAUCCAACAUAAGCAGGCCGGCAGAAUUUUGGAUAAGCAAAUAUGUUGGAUAAUAAGGAGGAUAAGGAAAAGCAUCCUUAGAUUAUGAUUUUACAAAUUGAGCACCAAAACAUCAUGUCAUACAACAAAUUUGACAGAAAAAAUAGUUCAAUAUGCAGUAAUGCUAUGUAGUAAUUAAUUGUAUUUACGAAUUUAGCACCAAAAUAUCACAAUGUAUUGAAAGCAUUAACUACAAAAAUACAUUGGAUAAUCCAGAACGUUGGAUAAGUGAGACUCUACUGAAAUUCUGGGAUUUGUAGUUUCCUAGGGGAGAUUUGUCAUUUGCUAUUGGAAACCACUGGCAGAGAAGUGUAAGCACUCCUAUGAAACGCCUUAUCCAAGCUUCUCACAGGAUGAAGAGCAGUGGAACAGGUUUUAACUCUUGAAAUUCUGGGAUUUGUAGUUUCCUAGGGGACAUUUGCGACAAGUGUAAAUACUCCAUGAAACUCCAAAUCCAAGCUUUCCAUGGAACACAGAGCAUUGAAAGAGGUUUUAACUAUUAAAAUUCUGGUAUUUAACUCUUGAAAUUCUGGGAUUUUUAGUUUCCUAAGGGAGAUUUUCUAUUGGAACUCACUAGCAGAGAAGUGUAAACACUCUCGUGAAACUUCAAUCCAAGCUUCUCAUGGGAUGCAAAGCAUUGGAACAGAUUUUAACUCUUGAAAUUCUGGGAUUUGUAGUUUCCUAGGGGAGAUUUUCUAUUGGAACUCACUUAACAGAGAAGUGUAAACACUCCCAUGAAACUCCAAAUCCAAGCUUCUCAUGGGACGCAGAGCGUCGGAACAGGUUUUAACUCUUAAAAUUCUGUGAUUUGUAGUUUCCUAGGGGAGAUUUGCCAUUGGAACUCACAGAUUUGUAGUUUCCUAGGGGAGAUUUGCCAUUGGAACUCACAGAUUUGUAGUUUCCUAGGGGAGAUUUUCUAUUGGAACUCACUAGCAGAAAAGUGUAAACACUCCAUGAAACUCCAACUCUAAUUUUCUCAUGGGACGCAGAGCACCGAAACAGGUUUUAACUCUUGAAAUUCUGGGAUUUGUAGUUUCCUAGGAGAAAUUUGUCAUUUGCUAUUGGAACUCAUUGGCAGAGAAAUGUAACCACUCCAUGGAAGUCCAAAUCCAUGCUUCUCAUGGGAUGCAGAGCAUUGAAACAGGCCAUAAUUCUGUAGAAUGGAAGCAACAUGGGGCCGUGGAAAUUGCUGUAAGGCAGUGUUUACCAGACUCUGGGCUUUCGAGUAUUUUGGGCUUUUGCUCCCUGGAUUCCUUGUACAAAUGUGCCGGGGCUUCUGGGAGUUGAAACCCAAAAUAUCCAAAGUUUGGGAAGCACUGCUUUAGGGGCAUUUCCUGAAAGUUAAUGCUUUGGAAACACUCCCAAUCAAUAGGUCAAAAGUCCUUUUUGGGGACUUUUUAAUUCCCAGGAUUCCUCCAAACACCAUGAUGACCUUAGUCGAGCUGCAUCUUCUUAUCUAGGUCUGUUUCCAGUUUAAAAUGAUCACUGCAAUAUUUUCUAUAAAGCAGGCAUGGGCCAACUUGGGCUCUCCAGGUGUUUUGGACUUCAACUCCCACCAUUCCCACCUACCGGCUGUUAGGAAUGGUGGGAGUUGAAGUCCAAAACACCUGGAGAGCCCAAGUUGGCCCAUGCCUGCACCUAGCCCAACAAGGUUCAAGCUGGAAUAGAAAUAUCUGGAGCGGAAUCUGUCCUUGAGAUCCCCAAAUUGUGUGCAAUGUUUAUGGUCAAACCACCUGUAUGUUAUGGGAAGUUGCUUUGGAGAAUUAGUUCUGUCUUUUCCCAAAUUAACAGAUGGGACAGCAAAAUUCCUUGGAGUGUGUGCAUGCAAACAUUGGACUUAACUUUUUUGUUCCUGGGUUAUAAAUGUUAUUUCCUAAUUGGUUCUAUAAUAAAAACACAGAAAAAGUUUUAUUAAACUGCAAAAACUUUGUUUUUUGGGACAUCCUGCUGUAGCACAUUUUGCUAUAGUUUUUCAAUGAACCUUUCAUCAAGUCUCAACUAAUUCAACAUAGUUUGUGCCACCAAAAAAAUGAAAUUUCUGGCAUAGAACAACUACAGUAGAGUCUCACUUAUCCAAUAUUCGCUUAUCCAACUUUCUGGAUUAUCCAACGCAUUUUUGUAGUCAAUGUUUUCAAUACAGUAGAGUCUCACUUAUCCAACAUUCUGGAUUAUCCAACACAUUUUUGUAGUGAAUGAUUUCAAAACAUCGUGAUAUUUUAAUAAUAAUAAUAAUAAUAAUUUUAUUUUUAUACCCCGCCACGAUCUCCCCAGAGAGACUCGGGUCGGCUCACAGAUAUAAAACAAGCAUACAGUGGUAUCAAAUACGAAAAACACACAAAUAAAAUUAAAAGGCAUAAAAUAAAAUCAUAAAAUAUUUUAGUGCUAAAUUCGUAAAUACAGUAAUUACUACAUAGCAUUACUGCACAUUGAACUACUUUUUCUGUCAAAUUUGUUGUAUAACAUGUUUUGGUGCUUAAUUUGUAAAGUCAUAACCUAAUUUGAUGUUUAACAGGCUGUUCCUUAAUGCCUCCUUAUUAUCCAACAUAUUCACUUAUCCAACGUUCUGCUGGCCCGUUUAUGUUGGAUAAGUGAGACUUUACUGUACAUCGUGAUAUUUUGGUGCUUAAAUUCGUAAAUACAGUAAUUACUACAUAGCAUUACUGCGUAUUGAACUACCCUUUCUGUCAAAUUUGUUGUAUAACAUGUUUUGGUGUUUGAUUUGUAAAAUCAUUACCUAAUUUGAUGUUUAAUAGGUUUUUCCUUAAUCCCUCUUUAUAAUCCAAGAUAUUCGCUUAUCCAAGCUUCUGCCGGUCUGUUUAGCUUGGAUAAGUGAGACUCUACUGUACUUUCAAAGUAAGGAUUGUGCAAUUAAACAGGAAAUAACACUUUCAAACCAGGAACAGAAUAUUUGUCAAGUUUUGUUAUAUAAUGCAAUUGUAAGACUGAAUGCAACUACUCCUUAACAUAUUGUUAAAUAACCCGAAACACCGACUUGCACGAUCCUCAUGCAGUGAUCCUGUUCUGAAAAUAAAACACACAAAGUGCAAGCACAACCAUUCCAAUGCAUUCAAAAUCGGGUUUUUUAAACAUCCCUGCUGUUUUCCUGUGGUCAGUGUAGUGUGUCUAUUUCUUGUAGGCUACAUAAUACCAGGGUUGAAUGAAAAGUAAUGCCUCCCCCUUCGUAACUCCUCAGCAGAUGGUAGUACAAGUAUGCGGCAGAUCCUGGCUUGUUCAGGAGACUCUCCUCUACAGUUCCAUUUGGAGGGAAGCCUUAGCAUUGAACGGUUGUGUUGUUAAAGUGCGAAAUAUGGAACCCUAUGCAGACAGUCAGUCAAUGCAACGUAAGCAAUGUGCAGUCGCUGAAUUCUUGAUAGAAGAAGGUUUCACCCCAAAGGAGAUUCAUCAGGGAAUGCAAGCUCUUUAUGGUGAUUGUGUUGAUGUGAGUCCUGUGAGUUGUUGGGAAAAUAAGUUUAAAGAUGUUGAGGUGGGAACAUCUCACUUGUGUGACAGACAAAGGGUUUGGGCGUCCUGCGACAGCAACCACCAAGUGUUAUGGUUGAGCCUUAUGGCUCCGAUACUGGGAGACGAGGUCGUAAGACUCCUCGGGAGUCAGACUCUCUUGAGCGAGAAAGGAAACGGCUCCGGGACUUAUUUGCAGAACCAACAGACGAAGACUCCUUUGAGGGUUUUACCGAGAGAAUGGAGGAAGAGAUGGUUAGCUCAGAGGAGGAUGACAUGGAAUGGACUCGUGUGAGGGAGGAUUUGGGUGUCACCGGCAAUGAUAGUGUGGGAGGCGAUUGGCGGGUUGCAGGAUCGGACCCGUGGACGAGUUGGAGGGAUGGAACGGGAUCCACAGCUGGGGAUGCUGUGGGGCGUAGUCAAAGGUGUUUUAGCUCUGAUGAGGAUGAUGAUGAGGAGGCACCUGGAAUUAGGAUAGCAGCUGACAGCGAUGAGGAGUUAUGAACUGGGAUAAAAUGGGGUCUAGAAUCAAUGGCUAAUUGCGUUGGGCAAGGUAAUCUGGACGAACGCUUGGGCUCUUGUUGGGAAAUUCCUGAAGACGGGUGUGAUUCGUUUGCUGAAUACCUUGGACCUCCGUCGUCUUUUUGACGGACAUUAAUUGCCUACUCUGGAUUGACGCUGGACUGACUGACUACGAUCCCGGACUUCCCUUCUGUGGCUAUCGGUGGAACUUGUGAACUAAAGACAUCUGUACCUGGCUUUCGACCUCGGACCGGAUUGGGACCCUGCUGACCAUUACUACCCUGAUUGAUGUGCCUGGAUCCGGAUUUCGCUCGUUGCACGGAGGAGUAACAACCUUAGUUACUCAAUUGUAGCUUUUGAGUAGCAGAGAGGAAUCUGCUGCCAGUUAUUUGUGUUCCAUUGAACCUUUGUUUAUCAACUUUUGUUUGUUUAAAUUGCCAGGCUGAAGUAAGCAUUUUUGGUUUAACCCGGAUUAAACUUCUGUUUAAUCCGGUUUAUCUUUUGAACCAUUUUUAGUACCAGCGGAGUCUUUUUUGUAUCUUUUCACAUUGAAGGCAAGUGUUUGCCUAGUCCUUUGUUUCUUACGGGCAUUUUUAGUGCUGUUACUUUAAUAAACUGUGUUGAACUUUAUUUGGUGGCGUUCUGUCUGUGACACCAAGUUUCACAAGCAAAAGGUUGACAGAUUGAGUCAGGACUAUGGUUGUAUCACUCGGAGAUAAAUUUCAAGUAUAAUCGGCAUUUCACAAGAACGUUUGGAUCACAUUAUUGCUUUGCUUGGCUAUCGGAAGAUCUGUGCAUGAUGGGUCCUGUGAGACACUGGUUGCAGAAACUGAGUGUUGACUUCUUCUCUGAUGGCUUCAGAAAACUUGAUCGUUGGCAGAAAUGUAUCCCAUUGUCUGGUGAUUAUGUGGAAAAGUGAAUAGUGGUAGUUAAAGGGCAGAUUCUUAGGGUUAUUUCUGCAUUUUAUUUAUUAAAAUAUCCGCAUCCAAUCCCAAGUAACAAAGGUGGAGGCAUUACUUUUCAUUCAACCCUCGUAAAACGACAGUGGAGGAAGUUGACUUUCACGUUGCACUGGGUGGCGUAGAGAACCCUAGAUAACAUUUUUUAUUUGAAUCCAUAAAUAAUCAGAUCUGCAAAGCACAAAUCUGCAAACCUGGAGGACCAAUUGUACUAUUGUUUAUAAUUUUUAAAUCAGCCAAAAUAAUUUCCUAACUUUGCUAUGAAGUAUUGUUUGAACAUCCUUUACCCCAGGCAUGGGCAAACCUAGGCCCUCCAGGUGUUUUGGACUGCAACUCCCACAAUUCCUAACAGCCUGCCGGCUGUUAGGAAUUGUGGGAGUUGUAGUCCAAAACACCUGGAGGGCCCAAGUUUGCCCAUGCCUGGUAUAUAUGCUAGUAUUAUAUAAAACUUGGAUAAUGUUUACAUGCAAAUACCAAGACCCACAUUUUGGUGACACCAUUCUUGCACCAUCUCAAAGAUCAACACAACCUGCCGGCAAGGAUAUAUAAAAUCCAAUGGUUGCCGUGUUUUGACCAUCACUGGAAAACUUAGUAGUGUGUAUCAGGAACUUGGUGAAGUACCUUUUUUUUGGAACACAACUUUGAGAAAUUGUAAAGAAAUUCUUGCAAAACGGGCUACAACUUUCCUGCACGAGUCCCCAUUUGUUGCCAUUUCCUUGUGCCAAAAACAUCUGCUAACCUGUGAAGCACCAAAGAUGGAUUGAGCCACAUUGCACCACCUUACUGUGUUUUUGUUUCAGUUGUGGUUUACAACGCACAUUGUGCACUUUAGGUUUGUUUUGGAAGGAAAUCAGUGUUGUGUAAGGAGCUUCAAGCAAAGGUCCAGUAGCUUGUUGCCCUCAAUGGUACCAAUUGAUCCUGAAAGAGUCGCUAUGGCUUUAAUGGAGCUGGUUGGAGCACAUGAAUACUCAAAAUAUUUCCUUCAUGCUAUAUUAAUUGUGAAGCCCUGCAGAAUGCCAAUCCCACAUUCUGCUAACACAACUUUGAAUUAUCUCUUGCUUACUUUUAACAGCCAGAAACUUCCUUCAGAAGGGUCUUCUAUGGUGUGGUCCUAUUUGUCGUCUCCGAUGCCUCCUGCAAAUAGUGGCCAAGUUGAAAGCAAAAGGUGCAGCUGAUGAAUGUACUGUGUUCAUUCCUCCACUCAAAACUGUAAUAAAGUCUGAUUUUGAAAUAAAAAGGCUUGUUUUUAA